AUGCAGAUAAGCGGAGCAGUCGACCAGCUCCGGGUCUCCGGAUUUUGUCACGGGGUACGGAACAAUCAGUUGGUGGAAAAGCUCCACAAAGAUCUCCCAAAAACCAUGGAGAUACUCAUGGAGCGUGCUCGAGCUUUUGUCCGAGAGAAGAGUGCCUGUGGUCAGCCGAACGAAACAACCGCUAGAAAUUCCAAAGCUCGAACCACGUCAUGGAGACGGAACGCAUCGCCACCAAAAGAUAGAAACAACAAUUGGAACAUAAAUCGCGGUCCGUAUCAAAAAUCCGGUCGAAGCAGCUUCCGGACUGGAAAUGUGCGAUUCAACACUUUCUCUGAACUAACAAAAUCAUCGAGCGAAAUCCUCAGUACGGAAACUACUCGGUUUCCUACACCAUCAAAACAGCGACCCACUUCGGAUAAGCACUCCAAGAAGUAUUGCGAGUAUCACCGAGACAAGGGGCAUACGACUGAUGAAUGUUGGGCACUAAAACAAGAGAUUGAAAAGGCCGUACGGUCCGGUAAACUUUCUCAUCUUGUAAAAGAGGUAAAGGAUGGGAAGAAGCCCGCGAUAGCAAACGAUAACCCGAACACCGAGGCCGGGAUCAAUAUGAUCUGGUCUGCCGAGCCAAGAGGGGUAAAACGGUCUAACCAGCAUAGGGCAGCAUGGAUGCACCAGCCCAUAUACUUCCCUCCGAUUGAUCCGGAAGAUGCUCGAGACGGACCAAUCACGAUAUCAGCUGUAGUCGCAGGACACUUGGUCCGGCGGAUCUAUGUGGAUGGAGGAAGUGCCUUCGAGAUAAUGUAUUUACAAUGCUUCCAACAGCUGAAUCCCCAAACAAAAAAGAAGUUGGUCUAA